GUGCGCUCCGGGCCCGCAGUACUGAAACGCGCUGCCAUGCUGCUGCAGGCUCAGGCGGCGCUGCUGCUCCUGCAUGUCCUGGAACCGGUGCUCGCCUUCAACCUGGACCCCCAAAAUACCCUCAGGAAGGACGGGGACCCCGGGACCCUGUUCGGCCUUUCUCUCACCUUCCACCAACAACUCAGACCGGAUCAUAAAGUCUUACUGCUGAUUGGUGCCCCAAAAGCCAAAGCUUUGGGAAGCCAAAAAUCCAAGGUCACAGGAGGGCUUUACAAGUGUGAAAUCAGCAUGUCCAAUACCUGUGAACGUGUUGAAUUUGAUAAUGAGGAGGACCCGAAAAGAGAGAGCAAAGAAGAUCAGUGGAUGGGUGUGACUGUACAGAGUCAGGGGCCGGGGGGAAAGAUUGUGACGUGCGCUCAUCGCUAUGAGAGGCGGACCACAGUCGGCCAUACCAACGAGCUUCACUCCAUCAUUGGCCGCUGUUACGUCUUGAGUCAAGAUUUGACCGUCGACCCAAAUGCAGAUGAGGAUGGUGGAAACUGGAACUUCUGUGACGGCAGAGACAGAAGCCAUGAAAAGUUUGGAUACUGCCAGCAGGGCAUGGCGGCUGCCUUCGUCAGUCAUUAUUUGGUUUUUGGAGCCCCUGGAACUUUCAACUGGAGAGGAGUUGUACGCAUGGAGCACAGGAACAACACUUUAAUAGAUAUGGAGAUCUAUGAUGAUGGCCCGUAUGAAGUUGGGGAUGCAAGUCUUUUGGAUGCAACACUUGUGCCAGUUCCUGCUAACAGCUUCCUUGGAUUUUCUGUGGAUUCAGGACGUCACAUUUUACCAGGCGGUGUGGUGACGGUGGUGGCUGGAGCACCCAGAGCCAACCACAGUGGAGCUGUGGUUCUGUUGAGAAAAGAAGACAAAGGGAGUUUAGUGGGAGUCCACACUUUCAAAGGGCCCAGACUGGCCUCCUCCUUUGGAUAUGACGUUGCUGUAGUUGACCUCAACAAUGAUGGAUGGGAAGACAUAGUUGUGGGAGCUCCCCAUUUUUUCAUGAAGGAUGGCGACAUCGGGGGAGCUGUUUAUGUCUAUAUGAACAAAGAAGGGAGGUGGGAAAGAGUUACUCCGCUCCGCCUAAACGGGACCAAACAGUCAAUGUUUGGGCUGGCGGUGGAGAACAUUGGGGAUAUCAAUCUGGACUCAUAUAAAGAUAUUGCUGUUGGUGCUCCACUGGAUGAUGAGGGUGCCGGAAAGGUCUAUAUUUAUCUUGGCUCUGCACAUCAGAUCAAAACCACCCCUGCUCAGGUCCUAACUGGAAGAGCAAACAACAUUCGGUUUUUUGGAUACUCUCUGGCAGGCAAAAUGGACAUAGAUGAAAACUUUUAUCCAGACCUCGCUGUGGGUUCUCUGGCAGAUGCUGUUGUAAUUUACAGGGCAAGGCCAGUCAUUGCCAUUAAUAUAGAUGUUAAGACAUCUGUGCGUGAAAUCGACCUUAAAAAUAAAACGUGUGGCAACAACAUUUGCUUCGUUGUGAAUGCAUCCUUCUCUUAUAAGACAAAACCUGCAACCUAUAACUCAUUUCUAUCUCUUAAUUAUUCGAUUAAGGCGGAUGAACUCCAAAGAAAACUAGGACUGACCCCCAGAGUCUUCCUGAGCAACGAAUCAGGCUUUCAGAGUGAUGGAAGAGUGGAGCUCCAGAGUCAAAACGAAAUAAGAUAUGUUGAAUUAAAAGCCAUAGUUAAGGACAACAUAAAAGACAAAGUGCGCCCAAUUUUUAUUGAGGUGUCUGCAGACAUUAUUCCUACAAUGGAGAAAACCACAAAGAAUGGCCUUCCUUCACUUGCACCAAUCUUGGACCCCUUUAAGCCAAACACGAGUGUCAUUCAGAUUGUUUUUGUCAAGGAGGGAUGUCAGGAUAGCUACAUUUGCUACAGCAACCUGAAAAUGAAUUGCAGUUUGCACUACAAACAAAGCAAUGAGUUCGUCCCCCUUAGCAAAAACAAGAACAAUGUGGCAGAGUUUGUUCUGAAUUAUGAGAGGAAAGACUUGGCUCUGCUUGUGAAUGUGACAAACAGUGGUGGGGAUUACGCUUAUGAGACGAAGCUUGCGGGGAGUUUCCCACGUGGCCUGGAGUACUCUGGAGUUAGAAUGGUCAAAGCUGCGACGGAUAAUCCGGUCGUCUGCAGUGUUGGUCAGAACAGCUCUCAAGUGGAUUGUGAGCUGGGGAAUCCACUUAAGAGAGACUCAGUGAUUACGUUUUACAUCAUACUGAGCACCAACAACAUUUCCGUUGACACCACUGAGUUUGAGAUCGAUCUUCAGCUCAAAACGACAAGUAACCAGAAAAUUCCACCUUUGAAAGUCAAGAGCACCCUGGUUUUUGAAUUGCCUCUGUCUGUCAGUGGUGAAGCCAGCCCCACCCAGGUCUCUUUUGGAGGUGUUGUGACAGGUGAAAGCGCAAUGAAGACUGAGGAAGAUGUAGGAAGUCUCAUUAACAUCACUGUUAGGAUCCACUACCUGACAAACCUGCUGUGGAAGUCCUCUGUUCGGGCUGUUCUGCACAUAAAGUGGCCGAAAUUAAACAAGCAGGGGAAAUAUCUAUUGUACCUGAUGAACGUCUCCACUAAGGGACAGAAUGAAGUCCGCUGCUCCCCAGAGACUGAGAUCAACAGCCUCAAACUCACCCAUGUGAAGUCCUCCGUGUCUGAACCAAAUCAGAAAAUCACAAAAGAAGAGAAAAAAACCAGUGGAAGAAUAUCGUCUUUCUUUGGAAGAAAAAACAAUGUUUUGUCUAUGGAGAGUGGAAUCCACUGGGGACAUCUACAGUGCACUCUGCUGGGUAUUGAUGGUACAACAAUUGAGCUGAGAACUCGUCUGUGGAACUCAACGUUUUUAGAGGAGUAUGCUUCCGUAAAAACCUCCCGUUUGUUGGUGAAGGCCUCUCUUGAGCUUCAGACAGAUGUCAAAAAUGUGAUCCUGAAAUCUCCUAACAUAGAUGUAACGGUGGCCGUGUCUCCAGAGAGCGACGUGGCGCAGUAUGUCGUCCAGUGGUGGGUCAUACUGUUGGCUGUUCUCGCAGGAAUCUUGAUCUUGGCCUUGAUGGUAUUUAUGCUUUGGAAGUGCGGAUUCUUCAAGCGCUCCCAGAAGGACGACAGCGUUCCUCAGUACCACGCGGUGCGGAUAAGGAAGGAGAGUGUCGAGCGUGAAGAUGCAAAACUCAAACCUGAUGUUACUGAAAAGAAGCAGUGGAUGACAUCAUGGAUGGACAGUGAAAGUUACUCUUGAAAGCUGAGAUCAUUUGUUCGAUAAAUAAUCAAUCAUUCUGCUGACAUCAUUUUUAAUGUGUAAAUCCAGGAUUUACUGGUUUCAGUACCUUGAAUUUUGACACUGUACAGAUAUAUUUUUCUAUGUGCUGUUUGUUUUUUAUGGUUUCUGCACAUUUUGUAUUUAUUUUUGUAUAAAAAAAAACAUGGUGCCAAAGGUUCGUAAUAACAGGUUUACAGCUGAGAUGCUAUUGUUGUCAAAUCUAUGCAAAGGUACAAGUCCAUCACUGUGGAAUGAUGUCAUUUUACUCAUCGCCUGUGUUCCCGUCAAGUUGAAAUCUCUCACUGCUGUGAUGUUCAGGUAGCAUCCACUGUACUUUAGAUCAUCACUGAAUCGGAUUGUUUUUAUUUUUAUUCAAUCCAAAGGGAAUGUGCUAAAAAGACUGUUUUUAUGGGUGUAACUGCUUCUUUUUGUCAUAUAUAAAACAAUUUAAAGAAUUA